AUGUCUGUUAAAGGGUCCAAAGCAGAUCUCUAUGACAUGUCCACUUUGUCCAUUGCUGAGCCAGAGAAAAAGCCUGAUCACUGUAAAGCCUCUGUAUUUGAGAAGUACAUCCAGACUUGUGCAGCUGAGGUGAUAGGGUCGGCUCUGUUCAUCUUCGUGGGCUGUUCGUCGGUGAUUGAGAAUGUGGAGGGCACAGGAAGGCUGCAGCCUGCACUGGCACACGGCUUGGCUUUAGCAAUUGUUAUUGCAGUCUUAGGUGAAAUCUGUGGAGGACACUUCAACCCUGCAGUGUCGCUGUCUGUGUACCUGAUCGGAGGGCUUAACGUCGUCAUGCUUGCUCCUUAUAUCAUCUCUCAGCUGUGCGGAGGAAUGCUAGGUGCAGCUCUGGCCAAGGCAAUCUCCACAGAAGAAACAUAUACGAAUGCGUCGGGUGGGGCAUUCACGGCUGUGCAGAGCAGUGGGCAGAUCGGCAGAGCAGUUGUUGCAGAGACUGUGAUGACUGUCUUCUUGACUCUGGUCGUCUGCAUGGGAGCAGUGAAUGAGAAGAGCCGGAGUCACCUGGCUCCCCUCUGUAUCGGUCUUACUGUUGCAGCUGACAUAUUUGCAGGAGGAGCCAUAUCUGGAGCCUGUAUGAACCCUGCUCGGGCUUUUGGACCAGCAGUGGUGGCUAACUACUGGUCUUACCACUGGAUUUACUGGGUCGGUCCACUGGCUGGUGCUCUAAUAACUGCCUGUUUUGUAAGGCUGCUGCUGGGUGACAGGAAAAUCCGGGUUCUUCUAAAAUAAAGCGGUGUGAACACUUUUUGAUGCCCAAUAAGCUACACCUUGAAGAUUCCAGACUGAAUUGAUUCAAUGUUCCAACUAUAAUUAUUAUAUUUUUAAUUUCUUUUAAGUUUCCUGGGGUCUCUAGAAUGUAGGCUACUUAUGGUUUUAGUUGUGGAAGCUACUGCUACAUAAUGGAAACAAGCUGGCUACUAUGACCUACGUCUACUGUACAGUAUGUUCGUUUACAAAUAUAACUGUGACGGACAGACAUCCAGCCUCGAUAUCCCCCAGUAAUGUAUGCUGAUUGAAGGUACUUAGUAAAGUUCAUCAGUUCUCUGUUUAUAUGUUAAAAUGUAAGUGUGACAUGCAGUCAGAAAGUCAGAUGAACUGAAAGGCACCCUCCAUAUAGCCCCAGAUUGUGAUACACUUUCAAGAUUUCCAUUACAUGAGAGUAGAUGUUAAACUUCAUGCUGAUGUGAGCUUAGCUCUCACCAAGAUAAGCAC